CGUCAGAGGUAUUUGUCACCGGAACCCGAGUCCCGCUGUCGCUCCGAAUCCAUAUCCGUCGAAUACUGUUUUAUUGUCCAACGUACACGCGGCCAAUCGUAAACAUUCUAUCGUUAUUUUCGGUCGUUUCCGUCGGUACGAUUUUAUACGUUUUUAUCGUAAUACGCCUUUCGUUUUUUUUCUUUUUUUUUAGUACGUCCGCAAAGCCAGCCUAAAUUGCCGCCGACGCCGACCGACCACCAGGUAUUAUAAUAUAAAUUUAUUUUUUUGUAAAAUUUUACCCGAAAAAUUCGCACGGAUUUCCGCUAUAUAGGCAUACUGUUUAUACGUCUAAAUUAUUAUUUUUAUUUGCGACGAGUCACCGUUGGUCCUAUCCUAACCUAACCGCUAUUAUUAAUAUAGUUAUACCUGCAGUAGGUACUAGGUAGGUAUUGCACGUUAACUAGGCCGUCAACGCACAACCAAAUAUCGGGAAAACAAAUGGGCCGAAAUGGGGGGAAGGAGUUAUCAGUUUUUUUUUUUACGCAAAAAUAAUAAGCCUUCCCUAGAAGUCUAAAAAUUAAUUUUGGUUUAAGGAAGGCUUUGGUUUUCAACGUUUAAACACAAAUUAUUCGCAAUAAUUACUAACGACAAUCGCAUAUAAGUAUAAAGUUGAUAGUAAAUAGAAAUUAUUACUGUGUGAUGUACUAUCGCUGUUUGAAAAUAUUCGAAUAGGUGAAAGUAAUUGUUUUCUCGUUUUCAAAUACUUUGAAAUUAUUUAUAGGUACGUAAACACAUUGCAAACGCUGCGAUGGAAAUUUCAUGUUAUAAUAAUUUCUGAUUUUAACUACUAAUAGUUUUUUUUUUUUUUUACGGGAUAAUUAUUAUCUAAAUUAAAUGUCUAUAAGUACCUGAGUACCUACCGCCAGUGAAUCUCAAUACAUAACAAGACAGGAAUAAGGCCUAUACAGGAAACUCACACGAAUCUUGUACAGCAAGUCUAAAAAUUUAAAUAUUAAGGUAAUAAUAAUUGACCCUUUCUUAAAAAAGAUACUUUUAAAUUUUAACCUAACUAAUUAACAAUUUUUUUAAAAAUAUAUAAAUUGACUUAGUUGCUCAUAUUCAUUUAAAUUUUAUUAAUAUUAAAUUUAACUUAGCAUAGUCAUUUUUUUUUUUAUUGUUAUUUGUAAAAGAUUAAACUAGUUAAAAAAAUUAAUCAAUUUGACCAGGCUUUUUAAAAUCAGACAUUUUAUCAAAUGCUUAUUAAGUAACUAGUCAAAAAUUUACGUUUUAAAACAAAUCAAAUGUAUUUUACAUAGGUUUUUACCGAUCUAAAAUCGAAAUGUCUAUUUUGAAAUUAACAAAAAUAAAUUCAGUAUAAAAUGUCCAACAUUUUCGGUGUUUUUUUUUUUCGAUUCGGUCUACUAUAUGAUUUACCCCGGUUUUCGUUUUUUUUUCAUUUUACAUAGUAAAUAUACACAAAUACAUUCUAUAUCAUCACCAUUGUUUAUAAAAUAACUGCAAUUAUCAGAAUGAAUAUUUUUUUUAAAUAAGAUAUAAGUUACAUUGGAGCGAUGACUGUUGGAUUUUCGAAAACCGCGGUCCGUGUAAACAUUUUUUUUUUUUUCAUUAUUUAUAGGAGAAGGAUUCACAUUAUAUAGUAUGAGACCACUUAAACAAACUAUAGGUGUAUUCAAAUCUUUCUUUCUUUUUCUUUUUUUUGUCACCUUGAUCAGGUAGGAAAACGACAAUAUGUGAACUGGACGAUAUUCACGAGAUUCAAAAACUACUAAAACUGCCUAUUUGAUAUUUUCUACUUAUCAACUAUAGAAAAACAAAGAACUAUGAUAACAACACUGUAUAAACAGUAAAUUGUGCUGAUUUUGUUAUGAUAAUUAUUGAAAUUAUUAAUAUAACUUAUUAAUUUAUAAUUUACCUGAUUUGAAAUAAAUCGAUAUUGAAAACACAAUAGGUAUAUUUUGUAAAAUGUUAAAUGCAUAUAAAAUGUUUAAUUUGUAUUAAAACAUCGAUUUUCCUGUCAGCAUUUAAUAAUAUGCCUGAAUAUAUAUCCGCCCAUACAGUGCACAAUGAAAAAAUAUUCUAUGUAUAUUGAUAAUUUGUUUUCGACUUGAGCAAUAAUAAUAUUGAUAGAUAUAAGUGUGAUAUUUUCUUGGCGAUAUUGUUAUGUAUAAAUAUCAUGUAAUUUAUAUUUAUACAGACAAAAUUAUUAUUAAUUUAGGUCCGAGGAAUCGAAACGUCCGAAUUUAUUGAUCAUAAUAAUACUAUUACCACUAGGUUUUAUAUGAACACGAAAAGCCACUCAACUGCAUUGCGUAAAAAAUAUAUAGUUAUUAUUAGUAUUUUUUUUUUUUUUUUAGUGAUUCGACAAACACAAAAUACUAUUGAUUAGUUAAUUAUAGUUGUUACGUCGCAAUAAGAAUAAUAUUUUUGAUAAUACAGAUAUUACGCGAAUACUAAAUUAUUAAAAUUAAUUUGAAAUAUUACGUUGGUCUUGCGAUCUCAUUUAAUCUAACGGGAAAUAUAGAGAAAAUUAAUAAAUAAAUAAAUAAAAAACAAAAUAAAAAUAUGUUUUCUUACUUCCACAACAUUCAAACAGUCUAAGGCAUCACAAGUCGUAUAAACUUAACUUUAGUGCCAAAAUAAACACGAGGCAUUUUACGAUAAAUGUCUAGAACAGUUUUUCACAAAACAUUUUUAAAAAAUCAAAUAUUAAAAUAUAUAUUAUGUAAAUAUGUUUGGAAAAAAAUUCAAUAGAACUGUUCUAUAUACAAACGUUUAGGAUAACUUUUCGUGUUUAUUUCGGCAUACAAAAUAAUUGUAUACAACCAUCGAGAUCCGAGUACUAUUGCAAGUACGAAAAAACACACUUUUACUAUAUUACCAGUUAGAUUGACAAACGAGAAAUGUACUUUUUAUUUUAUUUAUUUAAAAGGUUAGAUGAAUGCUGAAGUAAAAUGAGCUCACUACCGCUCGUCAAAUUUUAAUUUUUAAAACAUAUUUGAAUAUUUCUUGAUUUCUUGUCCAUGUGUUGUAGAAAACGUUCCUUUGGGUUUUUUUUUUUGUAUUGAGUUAGUUAAAGAACAUAUUUUCUAAUAUAUUCAAAUAUGUCAAAUAAAUGGUCUAAAUGUAGGAAAAAAUGAAUCGCGUAAUAUUUCAACCUCUUUAAGGAAGGAUAUUCAUGUAAUUAAUUUGCACAACAAAGUGUCUACGAAAAUCUUCAAAUAUUAUUAAAUAUUGAAUAAUAUUAUAACUGUUGAUCAUCACGUGAAUUCAAUUGUUGAUUUUUUUUUUUUCAACAUCCCUAAAAAAAAAAAAAAAUUGUAUUGAUGAUGCUUCAGAAUAACAAUUAAUAUCACGCUAUAUAAACUAUAGGUAAUAUUAUAAUAUCAAUUAACUUAUAGUAUUAUCAUUAAUCUAUUGCAGUGUAAAUAUACUGUAUAGUAUAAUAAAGUACUACAAACACAUGUAAUUCAUUUUCAUGGUAGUUACUAUAUGGUUUGUAAUUUUAAACUAUCUACUUUCAUUUUCUAAUUAUUACUAUAUUUUACUAAUAUACACUAACAAGUAUUUUGUUAACAACACUGAUUUAUCACGCAUAUCUUAAGUUAUUGAGUUUAAACACAAGGUGUAUAUUUUAUUUGCAAUUUAUAAUUUCAUAAAAAAGUUACCUUAUACGCUAAUUAUUUCUUUCCACGCCAUUAAUUUUCAACGGUUUUUGACUAUCAGUUCUAACAUUAUUGCUUCGCAAAUUUAAAUUAAAUCUUAUUUGCGCGGAUUCCUCGAAUAAUUGUGUUUUAAUUUCCAAAUAUUAUAAUCAAAAAUAUUCAAAUGGGCAUACAAACCGUAGCACGGGUCACAACUACAGCCAAUAUAUUCUAAACGAUUAGGAAAAUAUAUAUAUAUACGUAUACCUACAUUAACAAAAAUGUACAAAAUAUUGCUAACAUCCUUUUUGUCUUUUUUUUUUUCUUUUCUUAACAUUGUGUCUUCUUGUCAUGAAAUCUACAUUAUUGUUUUAAUCGAUACCUACGUGACAUUUUACUCUAGUAAAUAGAUUCAGCUUACAAUGUUUGAGUCAAUUUUUAAUUGCUAAUAAAGUGCAUAAUAAUUAGGUUAUAACAUUUUUUUCGCUUAUCAGGUACCCUUCGCGUACCUACCACCCACGAUUCUUCCGCGUAUCACAGGUUGUGAACCGCUGCUCUAUAUAUUAUAAUAUUGUAUAGGUACUUUAGACAAUUUUUAAUUCAUUCUAAAAAUACAAAUAAAAAUCUUGUUCAUGUAUAAAUAUUAUUACACUCGAAAAUUUCACAAACAUAACGGCGACUAGUAAAGUUAAUAAUUUUGGAUGGUUUUUUUUUUCAUUUGACAAAUACUCACUGUUUCGUUUUGAAUAUAAUUUUUUUUUUUCCCGUGAAAUAAACCUAAGUGCAAAACAGCGUUGUAUUAUUAGAUUUCUAUAUUAUUAUACAUAUAUACCUACUGCAGUUCUUCACACUAUUGUACAGACGUAAGCGUCUAUCGUUACUUUAAAAUAAUUUCUUUCUCUUAACCCAGCGCCAAUUAUUUAAACCACUAAACCGCGAAUCAUUUCACUUUAAUCCACGGCACUUCUUCCAAAACUUUAAGAAUGCGAAAAUAACGAGGAAAAUAAUUAUUACGUACAAAUAUCUAUUAUAACAAACACAUUCCAUAUAAUAUUAAUACAACGUCUUAAAGUAGUAUAACAUACGUUCAGUAAGUACUAAGUACACGAACACGUGAAUAGUACAUUUCUAUAUAAUUAUUAUGUAGAUCCAAAAUUAUUAGCUAUUGUACUGUUACCAGUAGUGGCAUGGAGUAGUUUGUUUUUCUUUGUGUGAAGCAAUUACAAAUAAAAAUUAUAAAAAACAUCGUACAACCCAUACUCCGAAGAACCGCAAGCUGUAAUUAAGGCUACUAUUAACAUUCAAUUUCAACUUUUUUCCUAACAUAAUAUCUAAUGAAAAAGUGCCACAUUAUACAUGCACCUACUCGUCUACCCGUCUACUUCAUAGGAUACCCGUUCACGUCGCUACUGGCUGUUGCCUAUACCUACACGAAAUAAUAAAAUAAUUGAAUUGAUAAAUAAUAAGUAAUUUAAUAUUGUGUUAUUUUUAAGAAUAAUAUAUUAUAGUUAUAAUGUUUCGCGAAAUAUUAAUUAUUGAUUAAGUAUUUCUGUAACAAUUUUUGUCAAAUUUUCCCCAAAUAUAUAUAUAUAUAUAUAUGUAUAAUGUAUAUUAUUUAUCUUUAUCCCGCUACUUUUAGUCACUUUUAACGGUUCCCUCGGAACCAAAUGAGCUCAAACUCGAGACGGAUUGAAAUGAUAAAGUUGGGUUGAGUCAUAUAUUUAUGUUAAGAGAUUAUUUUUUUUUUAACUUUAAAUACCUCUGCAAAUCCCCCAAAUAAAGCCAGGAGUAUACAAUGCUGUAAAUAUGCAUGACAUUAGUAUCAAGAAUGUGCCUUUUGGAGGUUUCAAAAUUCAUCCACCCUGCCAUUUUUGUACUUAAAUUUCACAUUUUUUUUUUUUAAAUAGUAAACUAGUACUACAGUAUAUAUUAUACUACCAAAAACCAAAUUUAAUUUAAUUUUACAUUUUUACCUACAAAGUGUCUAAUAUAAAUUGCAAAUAUGGUUUUAAUCUAUUUUUGCCCUAUCUACAAUCCCAAAACUGCAAUCAACUACAGCAUAUAGAAUUACCUUUUAAUUCCGAUUUUAUAAUAUUGAUUUCAUUCAAACGUAACACAAGCAUAAAAAUCAACGUACUAUUUAAUCAAUACGUAAAUCGGAUAAAUUAUAUAUUUGGUGAUUUUUAGGUCAUCGGCAUCCGAUCCCUAUUCAUAAUAUUAUACAUAGCUUAAACUAUGCAUUAAACAGCUAAAAAUAAGUAAUUAGUUAUAAUAAAUUUAUUUAUAUAUUACAUACUUCCAUCGUCUUGUAUUCUGUGUAGUCUAUAUAGUCUACAUCAUAUCCUUAAACCACGCACGUAUCUAACCAAUGCGUUUAUCGGCAAUAAAACUCAUCAUGUCACGGUUUAUGUGUACGAAGAACAAUUUUAUUAUUAUUCAUAAGUCAUAACCCUGGAAAGUAUUAACGACGUCAUAUUAAAUUUGAAAAAUUAUAAGUGAUAGUUGUGCGAAAAACAAACAUGUCAAUUUAGACAAAUACAUAUAUAAUCAAUGUACAAAUACCCAUACUCGGUAAUUCAUCGUUUUCCGGAAUGAAGUAAAACCAAUGACUCCUAAAUUGUAAUAUAUUCUGAUAAUUAAUAAUUUUAAACGGUGGCGUGCUAAAUAGUUUUCAUAUCCAAAUAAUUAUUUAAAAUUUGAAAUACCUAUGCAUAAAUUAUCGAAAUUAGGAACAACGUAGUAGUACUCAGUAAUAUUCAAUACUUUAAUUAUUCUGUACUGAUUAGUUAGAGUAGUAGAGUAGACACCUACCAAGUAAUAUAAAUGUCCAACAGGGAUAAUGGGAGGGAUUGAACUCCAUAACGUCCUGUGGACUUAAAAUUCGCCGUUCCCUUGCCUUAAAACUGGAAUAUAAGUAAACGCAGCUGGAGUGAUUUUAAAAUACGAUAUCCGACCUAGUCUAAAGCUAAACCUUAUCAACAAUAUAAUUUGGCACGUGCGUUUACUGCGCAUAACGAAAAAAUUAACGAGUACUGCAGGUAUAUAAAAUCUCGUUAGUAAGGGUAUUGUAUAUUUCCAUAUACUUACGAUUUAAAAUCAUGAAAACAACAAUACGCUGAUAAAUUAUAAUACCGAUGAUAACAAUAACAGGUAGGCGCCUAUAUAAUACCUAUAACAUUAUUAUUAUCAUCGACGGGCUUCGUGAUAAAACCAAAUAAAAAACGGAAUCAUUUGUUGGAUACUAUGUGAGUAUACACACUGUAUAACUGGCCUGUUGUUGUGAUAGUUCGAAAUGACCGAUAUUAUGAUUAUGAUAUUAUUACUAUCGACGAAUUCGGUUUUCGACCGGGACACGACCGGAAUAUUAUUACGUUCAAAGAAGACCCAUUAUUUGCCACAAGCGUCUCGAUCGCAUACGGAAAUAAUGAAAUAAUUAUUACGAACACAAUAGAAAUGUAUAUUAUUAGAAAUCCGAUGUCGUCGCGCACGUGAAUAUUAAACAGUUGAACAUUGCCUAUAAAAUAUUAUAUUGUUCACGUGCGGUGAGAGUUUGAGACACAAAUCUGUCCUCGCGCCUCGAUACCCUAUUAGGUAUUAUCAGGUAUACCUUUAUGUACCUAAUAAUACCACGCGGGUAAUCAUAAGGGCUAAUAUACAGAGAUAAGCGACGGCACGACGUGAACAACUGUUGAGUGUCGAACGAUUAGAAUAUUACGAUGAUUACAAAGUGAAUAAUUGUAUAAACCUUCUGUAUUAUAUUAUAUAGAAAUCGCGAGUCCGAUAUCCAGGUAUAGCGGAUUUUUUUUUUUCUAUUAUUGGGUGCCGAAAUAAAUUAUUUGUAAACUAUACACUACGCGUACCUAUACAAAACAAUUUUAAAAAUUAAUAAUAAUAAUAACCUUUUGGGGUAUUGGCGCAAAUAUAGGGGGGUGAGCUUGUGGACAGUAGCGUAGCCAGAAUAAUAUUUCGGGGCUAGAGUUUAAAAUUUGUUUUUUCAUUAUUUACAUAUAUGACCCAUCGGGACUCACCGUUUUUAAUAUUGUGUUAAUUAAAUUGCAUUAGAAAAAGAAAAACACGUAAGCACGUAAGCUGCAACAUAUCUAUAUUCUAAAACUAUAAAUAACCGAAUAAUAAUACAAUUUAUUAAACUAAACUCUAUACAAUUUUAUUAUUUCAGAAAAAAAAAUUGUGAAAUUUGAUCAUAAAUGGUAGUGGUGUAGGUUGAAAGUUUAAACUCCCAAAAAAAGGCAUUCUUGAUACUAAUGUCAUUCAUAACAUACACAAUAAAUUUCAUCUAUUUAGUUUCAAUUGGAGGGUUUGUUGGGAUGUUCAAAAGUUAAAAAUACUCACCUCCCACAAUAACAUAAUAAAAUUCAUAUUGAAAUUCAAUCCGACUUUUAUCACUUUAAUCCACCUGUACAAAAAAAACUUUAAUUCUCAUGCUCUUUUGGUCCAGAGAAAGCCACUAAAAAUUUUCAAAACUAUGCCUCGGGGAGUCGGGCCUUGGGUCUCGAGUUAGUGCACAACAUAAUAUGAUAAUCUGCAAUAAAUUCGACGUCUGGUAUAAAAUAGUAAAAUUACGCACACGGUAUUUAAGGGGUCACAUAUAGGCAAUUUUAACGAAAUUCAACAACUCAAAAACAUUGAAAUACUUUUAAUUUAUACAAAAUAUGUAUGAAGUCAGGGGCGUCAUUUCAAUUUUUUUAUUGUCGGUGCUAACAUUUUUGCAGGCUAUUUCAAAUUACUACCAAGCCACAAUUAUGGACACUUUUUUUUUGGGGGGAGGAGCGAUCAAGUGGUAACAUUCUCCCUCUGCCUUCUUCUUUUUUGCCUUUUCUAUCAAUUAUAUAGCUUCGGCCAUCAUUCUACACUUCCAUAGUAAUCUUAUAUACUAACUCAAUAUAUGAUAUUAUGAAACACUUAGGUAUAUCGGUGCUUAUAUUUUAUUUGGCAAACCAAAUAAGACGUAUUAAAAACAAUUGGUGUAAAUUCACAACCUGAUCCCCCCCCCCCAAAUGACGCCCCUAUAAGUAGUUAUCGUGUGUUAUUAUCACACGUUUUUAUUGUGAUAUAAUCGUCAUAAUAGUUGAAAACCGCGUUAUCGCGAAACAGAAAAAAGUACUUUUUAAAGUGAUUUUAGAAAUAAAACAGAUAUAGAGGCAGAGAAUAUUUCGAAGGUCGAGAGGUUACCUCGUAUAUUAUUAUGUUUAGCAUUGAAAUGUAGGCCGAUAGCUAUCACGAAUGCAAAAGUACAUAUUUUUGACUUUUUCGAAUUUCUGUAGGUAUGUAGAAAUCGGCGAUCAACAUUUUUAUAAUUUUUAUAAAACAUAUUUAUUAUCUUUAAAAUCGUACAAAAACGUAAAUACUUUUUUUUUUACUUAAACGUGUUCUUCUUAUGAAUUCUUAAUAGUUAGGCACCUAAAUAUUUAUAUCAUGUAUGUAUAUCUACCAACCUGUUUAAACGAUUAAACUAUUUGGUUCAAUUAACGUAAAACUUGACACAACAGUAAAAGUAAGCUUAAUUUACCUAACUAUUAUUUAUUACACUAAUUAUGGUUAUGAUACGUGUAUCUAUAAUAAAUAAAUAAUCCAUUUUCUAGAAAGAAAAAAAAAAGAAAUCAAGAGAAAUUUACUACCUAUAGAAAACGAACGUACUUUGCCAUAUCCGGAUAAUAUUACUCUCUUAUUCCGGAAAUCCGGCUAAAUUUUUGAAUAUUACUGUAGUAUGUAAUGGUAAGACGAAAUUCUCUGUCUAUAAAAACCAGUAGAAAUGUUUUAAACCGGCUGUUAUCGGAAUAAAACAAAAACUAGUCUCAAAUUAAAUGAAUAACAUAAUAUUAUAUUAUUAUAACGAAUUAUGACAACGGGCGACCGGUUUGCUGGGUGGUUUGUUAUUCAAAAUCGGAUCAACCACUUAUCGCGUAUUAAUUAGAUAUAUAGAUAUAACACAGUAAUAAUAGUACCUAUACAUACACAGCUACACAAUAUAAUAUCGGUUGAUUAUUUUAACGUAUUAGGUAUAUGACGAGUAAAUAUAUUUUGUUGUAUUAUCAUAUUCGUUGCAUAUUAUUACUGAUAACAAUAUUCGUGAAUUCCGUUCGUCCAUUUACGAGAAAUAAAAUAUUUUAUACUCAAUAUAUUAUAAUGUUGGCAAUUUUAAACCAGAGACGAAUCCAGGGGGCCUAGGGGCCCAGCCCCCUCCCCCUAGGCAUAUUUAUUCUCCAGUUUUUUUUUUAUAAUUCUAUAGAUCCUGAUACAACUAUAUUCCAAUCACUGAUAUGUAUGAUAAAAUAAUGUAUUAUAUUAUAUUUUAAUUGUGUUUGUGUUGUAAAUAAAUUGUUACCCCACCCUCAGAUUUUUGCUCUUGAUCCGUGCCUAUUUUAAACUGUACCUAGUUGAUUUCUAUAUAAAUCGUAUUAUAUUAAUAUAUUAUUAUAAUCAAUUUUCCGUUACCAAUGAGUAAGUGUAAUAAUCAUUUAUACUAAUAAUCUGUACUUGUUUUUAUAGAUUAAAAAAUAACCUAUACCGAGAACAUCAACUUCACCAUGACUAAAUUAUCGAUUAUUAUCCUGAUGGCUGUAGCGGUAUGUUCGUGUUUUGGUGUUCCUGAUCGUCAAACCGCCAGAUCGGUUUCUGAAGACGCGAUCGUAAGCAAUGCUAAUCAGUUCUCUUUUGAUACCGUUGAAGCCAAAGAUUUAAACACUGCAAAACCUAUCGACGAAUUCACAGGUAACUAAACAAGAACGGGUUUUUAUUCGUAAGAAAUGCAGUGAAUUCGGUAGUGUUAUAAGGAUUUUGCCAAAGAGGAGAUACUGUAUUUGGAAAUUGUAACAUAUUGUACCUAUAACCGGCUAAAAAAAAAAAAAAAAAAGCAUUUUAAUUUAUAUAUUUUUGUAUAUACAAUUUAAAGUUAAAUCUGUACCCAAAUGAUCAUACAUUACUAUCUACUAUUAUUACAUACCUUACUAUCUAUAUAUGUUCGAAAAUGUAUACGUUCAGGGGAUCUUGGUAUAAUGACUAUUAACUUUAUAGGCAAAAAAAACCACAUUAAAUUGUUAAUUUUUUCCGACUAAAUAAUAAAAAAAAAUUUGAAUUCAAAUGUCAAAUAGUGGGGGGAUAUAUCACAAUAAUCUUCCCCUCGCCCGUAAACACGCCACUGACAAUGAUGAUUGAUUCGAUUUAAAUUAUUUUUUGCUAUAUAACAUGACAAAAUAAAUAGGUAUGACUGCAAUAUCCCAGUUAUAACGGCAGAUUUCGCGCAAUUAUGCGGGCUACCAGCUUUUGCCUCAAUACACGAUAACCGGAUAACGUGAUACUGAUAUAUAAUAUAUUAUAUUAUAUUAAAUUAUGUGUCUAUAUAAUGAUACAAUUAAAAUUGAUAAAUUGAUGGCGUGCGAACGACGCACGCCAUUUUUUGAAUAUCACAAAGCUGCUGACAUACCCAUUUGUUUUGUCAUCAUGCUACGAAUAACACGUUUUCAUGUUACACUACUUACGGCAUAUUAUUUAUGUUUAGCCAGGGGAAAGAACAAUAACAAGGGAAAUAAGAACAAGAUGGAAGCGUUACAUAUGGGUCUCAAUUAUAUCAAAAUGAUAAUCAGUACUCUGAUGGCCGCUGUCGGGCACUUGAUCGCGUUCAAGGGCGUCGGCCUGGCCCUGAUCAGCGUCAUCAUCCAGAUCGCGCAGUUCAUCAUGGUGCUGAAGAAGAACAAGGAGUCCCAUCCGCCCGCCUACAAAGUGAUCGAAACUCCGUGGCACACGGUUGCGCCCAGCGAAAACUACAGCGGCGGCGGCGGCGCCGGGUAUGGUUCGUACAAUUCGUACACCGGACACGGCAAGUCGGCCGACGACGUCACCAAAACGUCGCCUUACGCGUCUUAUGCGGCCAGGAGACGCCGAUAACAAGGAAAUUUAACCAGUGUGAAUGACACGCCGAACAACCAAUAAUAAUACCCCGACGAGGGACGUGUAGCGGCCAUUUUUAUUAUUGUUAGUUAAUUGUUAUAUUAACAUUAUUAUUAUUUAUUUUAUUUUUUUAUUCUUAUUAUUUAUUUAUUUAAAUUUAUAUAAAUUAUUAUUAAUUUCGUGCCGUUAUGCCGUUGAUGUUCACCGCGAUGACGAGUGCAGCAGUAUACUCGUAAUAUUAUGUAUUAUUUGUUGCAAUUAUUUAUUUAUUUAUGAAUUCAAUAAAAAGCAAAAUGCAAUUAUAAAAAAACGUUUCCAGAAAUCAAAUUUUCC